AUGAAUGAUAUUCGGGAGAAAGGCCUAGAAGAUGUGGUCCUUGCAACGGUCCCUCUUCAAGGCUAUCGUACGGGAGCGGAACGAGCAAUUCUAGUGGACCUGGCUGUCCUCGAGACUGGUGUCGAGAGGGUUCGUCAAGCGUACGGACCGGUCAACUUUAUCCCGCUGAGCAACGACGAUCCGAUUAUACUCGCGCAACAACCGGCUUAUGAAGAUUCGCCAAAGUUCCCCGGGUAUAUGGAAAUACAGAGCAAAUAUCUUGCAGAAUUUUCGAAGAUGCACCGUGCAGGAAAUCCGUGCGAUGUGGUCACGAGAGCAUGGUUUCGAGAAAGCUUGGACAAGCUUCACAGCCUCACGCAAGGGGAGUUUAAGGACUGA